CCACCAACAGUCGCCCCCAAAGUACUUCACAAACGUCAUCACUGACAGGACCACAACCACGAUUCUUAUCCCGAGGUCAUACAUAUCGAGCUGUGGUGGGUGAUACAUUGGUUCUACCCUGCCAAGUUGAAAACCUUGGAACUUUCGUUUUAUUGUGGCGUCGCGGCACAAAUGUCCUUACAGCCUCAAAUAUUAUGGUGACAAGGGAUGAGCGCAUAAGACUGAUAGAUGGUUAUAAUUUAGAAAUAUCAGAUUUAGAGCCACAAGAUGCUGGGGAUUAUGUGUGUCAAAUCAGUGACAAAAUAAAUCGUGAUCAAGUGCACACAGUGGAAAUAUUGGUUCCGCCCAGUGUACGCGCCAUUCCCACUUCCGGUCAGUUACAGGCACGUAAAGGCGGUCCAAUUACUUUGGAAUGCAAAGGCUCUGGUAAUCCCGUGCCGUCGAUAUAUUGGACUAAAAAGAGUGGCACUGGCAAGAGCUCUGCACGUAUUGGCGAUGGCCCAAUUUUGACUUUGGAAAAACUUGAACGCCAACAGGCAGGAGUCUAUCAAUGUACCGCAGACAAUGGAGUUGGUGAUCCAGUUACAGUUGAUAUGCGUUUGGAUGUUUUAUAUCCACCCGAUAUACAAGUGGAGAAGUCCUGGAUACAUUCUGGUGAAGGUUUCGAAGCAAAGCUUGUUUGUAUUGUAUAUGCUGAUCCCGUUGCAACGGUGUCCUGGUACCAAAACUCAUUUCCGAUACAAACAACCGAUAGGCGAAUUAUGUCAUCAAGAGGAAAUCGACACACGCUCACCAUACGUCACAUACAGCAAGAGGACUUUGGCAAUUACAGCUGCGUUGCCGAUAACUCACUUGGACGUUCGCGCAAAUAUAUGGAACUGUCAGGUCGUCCAGGACCAGCUGAAUUUUAUUCACCCAAAUGGGGUCGUUCAACGGACAGUUAUAAUCUAACAUGGAAAAUUGAUAGUUAUCCACCAUUGGAGGAGGUGCGCCUCUUGUACCGACGCGUUUUGAUGAAUGACACUUUCCAACAACCUGGCAGAUGGCAUGAUUUCAUACUCACACCCGAACAUCGUCCAGCAUCUGAGCCGCUUACACACAUCAUGUCCUACACCAUAAAGAAUCUACAUCCGGGCGCUUACUAUGAGGCUAUUGUGCAGGCUAAGAAUCGUUAUGGCUGGAAUGAGGUUAGCGAUAUUUUUCAAUUUAUUGUUGCCAGCAACAAUGUGGAUAUACCACCUGAGGAUGCUGAAGUGGUUGCCAGCUCGAAAUCACGCAGCAACGGUGGCCUCGGCUUGCAGCCGCUCUCCCUACAAUUUAUUGCGUUCAACGCGUUGCUUGCGGUUCUACUGAUUAUCAAUCAAAGCAGACGUGGAUUUUGUUUCGGAUAA